UGUUGGAAAUACUGAAUUGUACUGUAUUAAUGGAACUGAGAUAAACAACAGUCUCUUGUCUCACCGAAUGAUUAAAGCCUCAAUGGUUAGUAAAUGGCACAUUCCAGUGGCUCUUUCCUGAGCUGAUGCAGUUUCUGCAGUGGGCAGUGACUUCCUUCCCCUCUCUGUGGCUCUGCAUACAGUGAACGGUUUAGGAAUGUGUUCAUAUUAUUCAGAAUAUUAUUCUUUAUGUUUUAAACUACAACUGAGGAGACACUAUUCCAAAGGAUUUAAUUUUACACCAUGACCCACUGGCCUCAUCCAUUUCACCAUGACACCAAGACCAACAUUAAAACCAACUGAAACACUUCACACCAACACCACAACAGCUGCUCCAGGCUUCCUGCCCUCUCUCCUGGACAGGAUUCCUUUGCCAAGAUGGGCCAUCUACGCUAUAUUUGCUGCCGUCAUCCUGCUCAUUCUCAUCUGUGUGAUAUGCUGCUGUGUGAAAUGCUGCUGCAAAGGGAAAAAGAAGAGGAAGAAGAAGUUGGACCAGAAGAUCAGUAUGAAAGGGAUAUCAGGAUCUACAACCACAGCUCUGGUCCAGCCUGAGACGGAGGGUGGGGAGUAUGGAUCAGCUAAGCAGCAGAGAGGAAAACUGCAGUACUCACUGGAGUUCAACACAUCCAGAUCAGAGCUGACUGUAGGGAUAAAAGAAGCUGCUGCUUUGAAAGCGAUGGACUCAGGAGGGACAUCUGACCCUUAUGUGAAAGUCUACAUCCUUCCCAGCAAGUUCAAAACAUAUGAGACCAAAGUCUUCAGGAAAACCCUAAACCCAGUGUUCAAUGAAAAUUUCAAAUAUCAGAUCCCUCAGAAGGAGCUGACCGAGUCGAUACUGGUGAUGCAAGUCUAUGACUUUAACAGAUUCUCCAAACACGACAUCAUCGGCGAGAUCAGACUCAGUCUGUCCACAGUGGACUGGAAUCAUGUGAUCGAGGAGUGGAGAGAGCUGAGCGAAGCUUCCAAACAUGAGCAAGAGCAUCUGGGAGAGAUCUGCUUUUCUCUUCGUUAUGUCCCGGCUAGUAGUAAACUCACUGUGAUCAUCCUGGAAGCCAAGAACCUGAAGAGGAUGGACCAUGGUGGCUCUUCAGACCCUUAUGUGAAAGUCCAAUUGAUUCUGGAUAAGAAAAAGUGGAAGAAGAAGAAAACAUCAGUGAAGAAGCAGACACUGAAUCCAUACUUUAAUGAAUCAUUCACUUUUGAGGUGUCAUUUGAACAGAUUCAGAAAGUCCAGCUGGUCAUCUCUGUGUGGGAUCAUGACAAAAUGAGCAGAAAUGAUGCGAUUGGCAAGAUCUAUCUGAGCUGUGAUGCUACAGGAAACCAGCUGCGUCAUUGGGCGGAUAUGCUGUCCAACCCACGCAAGCCUGUGGCUCAGUGGCACACGUUACUCUCCUCUGAACAGGUGGACUCAACGCUGGCCUUAAAACACACGCUAAAGAUCCCAUUCACAAACAAAGCCUUCUGAAAAACCUCCAUUCUCAUUCUUUGUAACAAUGUACACAAGAAUUUCAUUAAGUUAAAGGAGUGUAAUGCUCAGACAAUAGUAAAGACCAAUGAAAAGAUAUCUGAUUUCUUGCCAUUCUUUUUGGUUUAUUUAUAACAAUACAUAAACAUUUCAUUACUCUCUAUUAUGUUGUCUUCUACAUCAUUUUUAGCGAAUAACAAGUCCAAUAUAUUUUAGUCAAACAUAUGAAAGCGAAUCUGUUUUUAAGAAAUGGUCUUCUUAAGAAAAGCUUAUUAUUUGUAGAUAAAUGCUGCUGUUAGCCAUGUUUUAAAAUCAGAUAUAAUGAUACAUCUAUUUUAUUUGCUGUAUUUAGCAUAAAUUUAUUUGUAAGAUUCGUGUAAUGCUGUCACAUCCCCCUAAUUUUGUAUUAAAUGAUCUAUUACUUCCUUAUAUAUGUAUUAAUUAGCCACUAUUCACUAUUUAGAGAAAUGUAUACUUAAUGUCACAGUUUUGUUGUUUAUAUAAUUGAUGCAAAACCUUCUCAUGUUUGGAAGUUUGGGAUAAAAUGAUGAUACGUUCAGUGCUCGGGUUUUGAUACUGCAGAUGCGAGACAGUUGUUUGAGGUUUGGUGAGUUCACACACACACACACACACACACACACACACACACACACACACACACACACACACACACACACACACACACACACACACACGCUGAUUUCUCUUGUGACUACAGUAGGCACUAGAUAAGGGUGUGAAUAUCAGGCUUUCAGCACACAUGUAGGCAAAUUACAGCGUUAUAAUGAGGUUUCUUCCUUUAGCAUUUCCAAGAAUGUUUUAAUUAAGCGUGCUUGAAAUUUAUGUCAUCAACAAGCACACUGGACAAUUGUCGUGCACCUUUUGUACCUUCUUCAAGGUGUCCUUUGAUUUAUAAAUGUAACCUGGAGCACAAAAGCAGUCUUAAGCAGUUGCUGGGGUAUAUUUGUAGC